CACAAGGAAGUACCUGUGUGGUCAUUUACAGAGGGAGUAAAGUCCGUGAGAGAAGACAACAGGGAAGGUGUUCCUGGACAGGCAGCAUUUCCUCAUGACGAGCUGGAUCGGCGUUUGUUUUAUUCUGGAUUUGUUGUAGAUGUGGUUACAGAGACAAGACUUUAGAGCUGGUUGUGUUAAACUGCAUCAGAGAAAUGGCCAGUGGACCACAGAGACAGAGCUCCAUAGAGACGUAUGACUAUGCUGAAGUCACACGAAGUGAUUACCCCAGUGACCGGCAGUCGCUAAGGCUACGACGGGCUUCAUCUCGAGUGUCCAAUCAGAAUUACCCUCAGUUCGACUGGAGCUCGACCCCAGCUGCAGAGGAUGGAGAGGGCAACAGUGGAGCACCCCGGGACCUCAGAGGCAUUCCUCUGCCCAUGGCGCUGAAGAGAGCUGUGAGGCAGGUGCAGCAAAUGCGGGUACCUGUAGUUUCCAGCAGAGAGUCCUGGAAACUGAAAAAGGCCAAAUCUCUGCGUAAAUUCAAAGACAACGCCAGAGGAUUCCUCAACUUCGUCACGCCAUGGAGCAAGACUUUGCAAAAGAUUGGAGGGAACUUUGGAGGUGGCGUCCAGUCUUACUUCCUGUUCCUGCGAUUCUUGGUGGUGCUCAAUUUUGUUUCCUUUUUAUUGAUUGCUGGGUUUGUCAUCAUCCCCAGCAUUGUCUUCAGAUCUGUUGGGACGAGCCUCGUUAACAGCACUGGUCCAGAGGAGUGCAUGGAUUAUGACCCUAAUCCUCAAGGCUUGGUGGUUUUCUAUAAUUACUUCCUUGACUUGCUCUCAGGAACGGGCUUCAUGGAGUAUUCAUAUCUGUUUUACGGCUACUACAACAACACAUUGGUGGAGGACAGUAACUUCUCCUACAACAUCCCCCUGGCCUACCUCUUCACUGCCGUCUUCUACUUCAUCUUCUGUCUCAUUUGUAUCAUUGCACGCUUGGGGACUGCAGCUCGAGUUGCUGUGGCAACGGGAGGCAGCGCUUUAGGCAACUACAGCAUGAUAGUGUUCACCAGCUGGGACUACGGUUGCCUGGGUGAUCGAGCUACCAAGCUGAAGCAGAAGAACAUCCACUACCGGCUACAGGUGGAUCUGGAGGAGGAGAGAAUAAAGAAAAGGGCAGCCGCCCUGACUUUGUGUCAAAAAGUAGUUUUAUACUCUCUACGUGUCUUCAUGUGUUUUGUGUCAUUCGGGCUCAUUAUCGCAGCGUUCUACGGCAUCUUCACGGCCACCGUCUUCAGCCAGGAAAAAAGCGGGGAGGAUGGGAUCCUGGGUUUGAUCUUUGAGUAUCUACCCUCCAUCGUCAUCACCACUGGAAACUUCCUGGUGCCACUGCUGUGUGACCAGAUCGCGCUGAUAGAGCGAUACGCCCCCAGCACCACUGUCAUAGUGGCACUAUUAAGGGCAGUGUUCCUUCGUCUGGUGAGUCUGGGUGUCCUCCUCUUCACCCUGUGGGGUCAGAUCACCUGCGAGGGGGACACAAGUAGUGCAGACUGUUACAAGUGCCAGUACAACAAUAAAGUCUACCCGUGCUGGGAAACUCGUAUAGGACAGGAGAUGUACAAGCUGACACUGUUUGACCUCCUCAUCAACUUGGCUGUGCUCGUCCUGGUGGAGAUUCCACGCAGGAUCGUGGUGGACCACUGGUCCAAUAAACUGACCCAGUGGGUGGGUCGGCAGGAGUUCGUAGUUCCUGCCAAUGUGCUUGGGCUGGUUUAUGGUCAGACUGUGGUUUGGACAGGAGCUCUGUUUUGCCCUCUGCUGCCGCUCAUCAACACCAUCAAGUUUAUCCUCCUCUUCUACUUUAAGAAGAUCACACUCUUCAAUAACUGUCGUCCAGCACUGAAGACGUUUCGCUCCACCACCUCCACCUUCUUCUUCCUGGUGGUGCUCCUGUUCGGCUUUGGCCUGGCCGCAGUGGUCAUGGUCUACAGUCUUGCUGAGAUCCAUCCUUCUAUGGGCUGCGGUCCUUUCCGUUUCUUCCCCAACAUGUGGUCGAUUGUUCCAACAUCUUUCUACAGCCUCUCUAAAGUCACAAAGGAGUUUCUCUUCUUCAUUGGCUCCCAGGCAUUCUCCAUCCCCCUGUUUGUGUUAUCCUGUGUGGUGAUGUGUUAUUUCAUAGCCUUAGCUUCUGUUUAUGGGAAAAGUGUUGCCCUGCUAAGAGCUCAACUCAAACUGGAGGGCCGUGACAAGCAGUUCUUGGUGAAGCAGAUUACGGAGCUGAGUCGACAUCAGAUACUAGAACAUACUGCAGGAGCACAGUACUGAAGAUACCGGAGGGACCAUGUUAAGAGGUAGUUAGAUACAUAAGGCUGGCUCGGGUUUAGUUUAGUAGAGAGAGAUAAUUUUUGUUAGGAAGAGCUGAAAAAAGUAAAUUAAAACCUGUUCAUUAUUCACCAAACUAAGCUAGCAGUAUAUCAGAAUCAGGUUUAUUGCCAAGUAGGAUUUCCUGUGCAAGGAAUUUGACUUUUUUGGUGCAUAUACAGUAAACACUGUAAGAGAAAAUAAAAGUAAUACCAAAGUGAAGACACAUGAAUACAGUACACUAUGGCAAACUAUCUGUGUGACAGAUCAGAAACUGAGAAAGAUACUGACUAUGUAGAGACUCAGUGAUCACAGCCUGGCCGCAGAGACUGACAGACACAGGCAGACCUGGCUGCCUAGAGAAGACAGACUGUGUCAGCUCUGUCCUCAGAGACAGGUGGAGACAGGGCUACAAUGAAGCACAUAUGAAGACAUCAGGACUAAAAUGCAACACCUGCUUGGAGAAAACCGUGUCAGUGCCAUAGAUGCAGCAACAUAUGUCAGUGCAUGUCACAGCCUAGGAGACAGCCAGCACAACAACAUGUAGUUCAUCUCAUCACAGAUCACACUCUGCCUUUUUAUUUACUCCUUCACUUAAUAUGUUUUUUUCUCACUUAAAAUGUAUGUCUUUACAUUUAUAAUAAUAUAUUGUUGUUACCUGUUUUUGAAUUUCCACUGUCUUUAAUUGUAAUUGUGCUUUGGCAACACAAGAAAUGUCAUGCCAAUAAAGCAUUACAGAAUUUAAACAAUGAAAUAAAAAUAUGUAAACAUACUAAGCACAAUAUAUCUGUUUUAAAACGAAAGCACUGUAAAGUUUUGUGCAGGAAUGUCCAAAAUAAUGUCCAAGGAAGAUGCACAAGUAUAGAGAACAUGUGCAGUGUACAUAGAUGAUAACAAUCCAACAGAUUUAUAAGAGAUGUACAUUAAGACAGAUGUAGAUAUUUUGUUUGUGUAACAUGUGGUUAAAUUACAUAAAGCUGUGUAUAAAUGCCA